AUGGAGAAAAGAUGGGUUUUCCCACUCAUCAUCACAUCUCUCGCCUUGGUUUUCCUCCUCGCAACCUCUUUCAACAUGAAUCUCAUCUCUUCUCUUCGAAAAAUCAACAGCCUCUUCUCCAUCAUCCCUUCCCAUCAUCACCUCAGAAACCAAACCAGACCCGACUUUGCAGAGUCCAAACUCGCUAAACAACAACAAACCCGUGGUAAAGACAAGCUUCCACGUUUCGCAUACCUUGUCUCAGGUUCCAAAGGGGACGUGGAAAAGCUUUGGAGAACGCUUAGAGCAGUGUACCAUCCUAGAAAUCACUACGUUGUUCACUUGGAUCUUGAAUCACCGGUUGAUGAGAGACUAGAGCUAGCUUCUCGGAUUAAUAAGGAUCUUAUGUAUUCCAAAACCGGGAAUGUCUUUAUGAUAACUAAGGCUAAUCUUGUGACGUAUAGAGGACCAACAAUGGUGGCUAAUACACUUCAUGCUUGUGCUGUUUUGCUUAAGAGAAGUGCUAACUGGGAUUGGUUUAUUAAUCUUAGUGCUUCAGAUUAUCCACUGGUGACACAAGAUGAUCUGCUUCAUACUUUUUCAACUCUGGACCGGAACCUCAACUUCAUUGAACACACAAGUGAACUAGGCUGGAAAGAGGAGAAGAGAGCAAUGCCAAUAAUGAUUGAUCCUGGACUCUACUUGUUAAACAAAUCAGAUAUCUACUGGGUCACACCUCGUAGAAGUUUGCCAACUGCGUUUAAGUUAUUCACUGGUUCUGCUUGGAUGGCUCUGUCACGUUCCUUUGUAGAAUAUUGCAUAUGGGGAUGGGACAAUUUACCAAGAACACUUCUAAUGUACUACACCAACUUCGUCUCAUCACCUGAAAGUUACUUCCACACAGUAAUCUGCAAUGUCCCCGAGUUCUCGAAAACAGCAGUGAACCAUGACCUUCACUACAUCUCAUGGGACACACCUCCGCAGCAGCAUCCUCACGUGUUGACGCUAAACGACACGGUGAAGAUGAUAUCCAGCGGCGCUGCGUUUGCUAGGAAGUUCAAGAGAGAUGAUAAAGUGCUUGAUGUGAUUGAUAAGGCGUUUCUUAAACGGAGGAAUGAUAGAGAUGGUUUUACUCCUGAUGGGUGGUGCAGUGGGAAACCAAAGUGCUCACAGGUGGGUGAUGUGGGUAAGGUUAAGCCUGGUUUUGGAGCUAAGAGGCUUCAGGGACUUGUGGAUAGGUUAGUCAGUGAGGCUAAAACAGGAGUUAAUCAAUGUAAAUAG